AUGAGUACUCUUCUUUUACCACUCGUUUCCACUGGAAAUGUGCCACAGCUAUCAACAGAUUUGAUACUACAUUCUUUGAGUGCAGAUUUCAAGUUUGUAAAAGAAUUGGAUAGCCUCUAUCUUUUCCCUUUCGCUGGACCUCUUGAUUUCGCUAGAGGAUCUCAGUCCAACCUUUAUGAGCAUACCGAAUGGAAGUCGUUGACCACACCCCUGGAGCUGUUCUACAGCCCCAAACUAAAGAUGUACGUGGUACAGCAAAGAUCACCGAUCAUUCAGAAGUAUGAAAACAAUUUUUGUCAAGAAGUCCUGAUUCCGCUGAUCGAAGAGCUAAAAAUCAGCCAGCUGGUCAUUUUUGAUGCUACAGAUGAAAUAGAUGAAAAUGUGGCUGUUUCACAAUUUCGCAAAUCACCCUUUUCUCUUGGCGUAUGUGAUUUAUCACAAGUCAAUGACAUCGUGGCAGAGUUCGAGGCAAAACUUCAGAUAAAUGAUGUAGCUCCUCAACCUACGAAUAUCGCUCUUUUCAACUUCUCCGAGAGUAGUUUCCAGUCAAGUAUUAGCACGCAGCAAAUCACGUUCAAAUUGUGCUACCAUCUGCUGCAAUCACAUAAUAUCACAAAGUUUUUGAAAGGAAUACAGUACUUCAAUACUUAUGUUCAGGAAGGUGACAAUUCUGAGGACGCCGUUGCUGCUUGUAAUCAGCUUCCUCUUUUGAUCAAAGAAUUUCCAAAAAUCGAGCAAUUUCAGACGCCUGUGUCGUGGGAAGGUGUGUAUGGUGUACGUAAUGCCCCCACCUCCUUUGAUGAGGGAUUGUAUAUAUGA